AUGGUCGGCCGAAUCCAUGCAGACGAGGGCAGUGCGGCCAACAUCCUACAAUUGACAGUUAUCCAACAGAUGGGCUUAGAGGCAAAGAUCAAUAAAUCAGCCAAGUCACUGACUGGUUUCAAUGGAGCAACAACGGUUACCGUGGGCACGAUAGAGCUCGACGUCUACGCCCCACCUGUAAUCAGCUCUCAAACGUUCAUGGUCAUUGAUGAAGUCUCACCCUACAAUGGCAUUCUAGGCAGACCAUGGAUCAGCAAGAUCAAUGCCAUCACCUCCGCCACGCAUCAGAAGAUUCGCUACCCAAUUCCUUUGGGGUGGGAUCGGCCAAAUCAACAGCGAUCAGGCAAUGGCGAGGAAAUGCUCAGCUUAAGGGUUGAAGAAAGGCAAGCAAACACAGACCAAGUUGAGGGAAUCCGUCCGGAGGUCUAUCCUGAAGAAGGAUGGAAGCCCGAGGAGGACGUUGAGCUAGUACCCCUUGAUCCUGACAAGCCAGAGAGAACAGCGCGGAUCGGCUCGCGCCUAAGCCAGGAGGAAAAGGCAGAGCUUGUAGCCUUCCUCCAGAACAACAAAGACGUAUUUGCAUGGUCACCAUCUGACAUGCCUGGCAUCGAUCCCCAGAUCAUCUGCCAUCGCCUACACGUCAACCCAGCCAUCAAGCCUGUAGCGCAAAAGAGACGCAACUUCGCCCCCGAGCGAGUCGCCAUCAUUGAAGCCGAGAUCGACAAGCUUCUAGUUGCCGGUUUCAUUGAAGAAGUCUCAUACGCAGAAUGGCUGGCGAACGUUGUUCUAGUAGCAAAGAAAGAUAAAGGCCUGUGGAGAGUGUGCGUCGACUAUACUGACCUCAACAAGGCAUGUCCUAAAGAUAACUUUCCACUGCCGAGAAUUGACCAGCUCGUCGAUUCAACUUCCGGCAAUCAACUGCUAAGCUUCAUGGACGCCUACUCCGGUUACAACCAGAUCAUGAUGCAUGAAGACGACAAGGCAAAGACCUCUUUCAUCAUCGAAAGAGGUACCUACUGCUACAAGGUCAUGCCCUUUGGGCUGAAGAACGCCGGAGCAACCUACCAAAGGCUGGUGAAUAAAAUUUUCAAGGAGCAAAUGGCAAGACUAUGGAGGUCUACGUAG